AUGAUACCUUGUACCUGGCCCACGGCAUUGUUCUUUUUGAUAUGGCUAUGCAAUGAUGUCGUUUCGAAGAGAAAUCACACACUGAAACCGCGGGUCGUUUUACCUGAAAACUAUGUCAAAGAAAUGCGACCGCCGGCGCGUAAGGGGCAACCGGUCCUGGUGGAGUUCAGCAUAUACGUAGUAGAUGUCAACUCCAUUAAUGUGGAAGACAUGGACUUCAGAGUCGACAUGUUUAUAAGGCAAACUUGGAGUGAGAGUCGGCUUCAGUUACCAGAGGACAUCUUUGAAGAAGGAGAUGACCACGUGACACUGCCACCGGAAUUCUUCGAAAACUUGUGGCAUCCUGAUCCAUACUUUUUAAACUCUAAAGUUACAGUUUCAUACAGCAACCAAAAAGUACGAUUCCGUUGGAGCGAGGCUGGAGUCACAAUCAAUCCAGAAUUAAAGUUAUUACAAUACCACAUUGGGGAACCCCUCCGUCUUGAAGAAACUAAUGGUUACAUGAUUGACAAAGAUGGAAACUACUCAAGACUUGUGGUCUACUUCAGAUUUGAGCGUCAAAUCGGUCACCACUUGAUUCAAACCUUUGCGCCAUCCUCUCUAGUGGUAAUGCUUUCUUGGUUCAGCUUCUGGUUGGACCUUGACGCAAUUCCUGGCAGAGUGACGUUAUUGGUGACUUGCAUGUUGACGUUAGUCACCAUGUUUACUGGACUGAGAGCUGAUAUUCCACCGGUGGCAUAUGUUAAGGCCCUUGACCUCUGGAUGGCAGGAUGUAUGAUGUUCGUCUUUGCUGCCCUCGCAGAAUUUGUAGUUGUAAAGGUUUUGGAUAAACAGUACCAAAUGAACAAAACCAAGGCACAAGAGUCCAUGCCCCGAAUCAUUCCGGUGAGGCUGAAUGGGGAAAAGGGAUCCUGCGGGACAUUAGCUGCUUGGGAAGGUAGUGGGGUUAGGUGUCGUAAGGUAGACUUGACAUCGCCUACGUCACCGCCAGCAGCUACUCCGGCAGUACACCCUGCACCGGCUGCAACUCAUACAACUGCGCAUUUAGUUGGAGUUGAAAGACGGCAAAGUAUACUACAGGUAGCUUGGUUAGACGCUGACACAGGUCAAGAACGAAUCCUUUGGAGAGAAAUCGACAAAUUGUCAAGAGUUGUAUUCCCUGCGUUAUUUCUACUCUUUGUUACAAUGUACUGGCCCGUCCUUCUAUUGAAGACUAAGACUUCUUCAUAA